AUGGAAAAUAUAUACGUUGAUCUUAAUGUUAUUGAUGAAAAGACGACUGAAAAAGCGAAAUCGGAGCAAUUAAAAGAACAAAAAGAUGUCCAAGAGACAACUAAAUUAAGUGAAUCUGCUGCCGCUAAUAAAAUUGGGGAUAAAUGUAAACUCGAAAGGAUUUACAUUAUUGAAUCUGCAAAACGCAAAGAAAAAAUUGCUGAAAUCACUCCAGGCUGGUGCGAAUAA